AUGGCCGUUUCCAAGAAUACCGAUGAUGUUGGUGGUGCAAUAGUUACUGAUUCGAAUCAGGCAUCAUCAGUCUUAAACAAUCGGAAUUCGUCGAUAAUUGGUGCAUUGACAGCUGGUGGGCGAUCUAUGGUCUAUCAAUUGACGUCGUUUUAUCUCCGUACUCCUUUAAAACUAUUUAGGCCAGCUAGAUUUGAUUAUUUGCACUACGUAAGAGUUAUUCUUACGGGCGAGGAGAGUACCAUGCCGGCAAGUAAAAGGAGGCACUCGGUUCUAGGCAAGCUUUUAAAUUCUUUCAAUCCCAAAUAUGUCUAUUUUUUGGAAAACUCUUCUCUAGGAAUUUUGACUAAAGCUUUAAAUAAAUACGGUUGGAAAGUAAUACCUGAUAGAAUACUGCCACCGUUGCUAGUGAAUUCAGCAACAGGUGUGGUUCUAUAUACUACUUACCUGACGACUCUAGGUCAUUUUUCGAAACAUGAGGACCUUGGGACUGUAAUUAAGAACCCGUUUGAUGUUUGGAGAUCGGGAUUUAUUGCGGGAUCUGUGCAAGCAUUAGUUUCAACCCCUAUCGAUGCUAUAUAUACUAGAAGUUCUGCUAGCGAACUACUAUCGAGUGCUAAAAAAUAUGACAAUCUAUGGCUUUACGGCAGAGAUAAACUAAGGGAAAUUGGACCCAUAGGUUGCUUUGGUGGUUUUGGUAUAACAUUCAUAAAGGAGUCUUUCGCAUUUGCAGUAUAUUUCACCACUUUUGAGCUAAUAAAAGGCCAACUUUGCCAAGGCAUGAUAAGUUUAAUCAACCAUUACCAUCAGCUCAAAUAUACUAUCUCUAAUACGUCAAUUACUGGUAUAUUAUCCCCAGAGGAUCCUUCAUCUACAAACACCUCUCAUAUGGAAUAUAUAACUCAAAAAGAAAAAAAAUGGAUCACCAGAGCUUUUGUAUUCAUAGGCGGAAUUUCUGCUGCUUUUCUUUUACAGGUGGUACAGUAUCCAUUCAAUAAAAUCCAGAAAAUUCACUUGUCUAGAUUAGAAGCGUUUGACAUUUACAACAGAUCUCUUUUGAAUCAAAGUCGAGGGUCCCAAAUUCAUACGCAAACCCCAGUAAUGAGCAGGAUGUGGGUCAAGUCGCCCGGAAGCAGACGUCUUCACAUCUACUACAGCUCCUAUAUCGAUACCUUCGAGCACAUACAUUUUAUUCACAAGAGUACAAAGUCCCUGGUCAGGUGGUUAUACAAAGGUUUUGCAAGAAAUACGUUGGCGAUCAUUCCAGGUACGACUGCCGGUUUAUUGAUGCUGGACUAUAUGCGCAGUUCAGUCGAGAACUCAUUGAUCACCAAUAAUCACUGA